CGUGAAUAAUUAUUAAUCAUUCGAAUUGGCGGUAACCAGCGUCUUGAAGUUUCAACGAACGCUCGAAUUAUUCCUAUUGUUCCGGACAAGGGGGCAUCCAAAUGAGGAAACCGUGGAAUUGAACCGAGUGGGAGCAACUCUGGGGCUCUGUCAAAAAUCAAACGUCAAAACCGUGAAAAAUAUACGACAAGUAAUUACUUUGCAAACGAAUGAUUGUUGUGGCAAGCUAUGGUCUGAAGUAACGACUCAGAGUGAAGAUGUUGCCUGAAAGAGAGGCGAACAUUGAAGACAUGACAGAAGGGGGAGAAAAUCAACCGACUACCGGCGAAGAGAUACAAACCGAGGCGGUAGAACCAGUGACAAUAACAAGUGGAACUCUACAGGAAGGUUUGACCGAAAUUACACCUCAGAUAAUUCGAGGCUUGAAUCAGGAUGUGCUCACAAUUCACGGAUCUACACAAGGAGAGAGUAGCGAUGCUGCUAGUAUACACACAGCGAGUACUUCGGUUUCUGGGAACGAAUCAACUUCUAGCAGAGUAAGCGCAGUUACGGUAGUGCUACCUUGGGGUGCUCAGAAAGAAACAGUAAGACCGCAGCAGAUUGGAGACAUGGACAUGAGGCCAGGGGAAUAUGUGAUGAGAAUGCUAUUUGCAGAUUUUACUAUGCAAGCUGAAAAAAAGAUGGAAGCAGUAAUGACUGAACCACAGGAGAAAUCGCUUUCAAAAGUAUUACAAAGAGGAGAAGACGCGCAAUUUGAUCAACUCCUCUCUGCGUUUGGUUCAGUUGCUGAGCAUUGCCUUCCAUCGAUAUUGCGUGCGCUUUUCAACUGGUACGACCGUCAAUUGGUCGAUCAUGGAACAGAGCAGAAGAAACCUGCAGCUGGAAAAGAAGAUCAAAGAGGAAAAAGCAUAAUGUAUACAAUAGUAUCAGGAAGUGUGGAGACGGUCGAAAGAAGCGAGCCUGAGUUGCUGCAAGAACGUAGAGAUCUGGCGGUGGAAUUUAUAUUCUGUUUGAUGCUCAUUGAAGUUCUUCGUCAGCUUCCUUUUCAUCCAGGACACGAGGAUCUUGUAUCCCAUAUCGAAAACAUAGCUUUUAAGCAUUUCAAGUACAGAGAGGGGAUACAAAAUGAACGCAAUGCUGCCAACAUUCAUAUAAUUGCUGAUCUGUACGCCGAGGUGAUAGGAGUUCUUGCUCAGUCUCGAUUUAUGUCUGUUAGAAAGCGUUUCAUGCUAGAACUAAAAGAACUACGUGCUAAAGAACCUGGAACACAUACAACACAAAGUAUAAUCUCUUUGCUUAUGGGCAUGAAAUUCUUCCGAGUCAAAAUGGUUCCAAUCGAAGAGUUUGAAGCAUCAUUUCAAUUCAUGCAAGAGUGUGCUCAAUACUUUUUGGAAGUAAAAGAUAAGGAUGUGAAACAUGCUCUUGCCGGUCUGUUUGUUGAAAUCCUCGUUCCAGUUGCUGCUGCUGUCAAAAACGAGGUAAACGUACCAUGCUUGAAAAAUUUUGUUGAAAUGUUAUAUUCCACUACAUUGGACAUGUGUACAAAGUCCAAGCAUCGAUUGGCGCUUUUCCCCCUCGUCACAUGCCUACUCUGCGUUAGUCAGAAAACAUUUUUUCUACAAAAUUGGCAUUAUUUCCUUGCCAUGUGCCUGUCGCAUCUGAAGAACCGAGAUCCAAAAAUGUGUCGAGUUGCACUAGAGGCUCUAUACCGAUUACUGUGGGUGUACAUGAUCCGCAUAAAAUGCGAGAGCAACUCAGCCACUCAAAGCAGGCUUCAGAGUAUAGUUCAUUCGUUAUUUCCGAAAGGAUCGAAGGCAGUGGUACCUCGUGACACGCCGUUGAACAUAUUCGUUAAAAUCAUCCAAUUCAUUGCUCAAGAGAGGCUGGACUUUGCAAUGAGAGAAAUAGUUUUUGAUUUGCUGUCGGUUGGCCGUCCGAUAAAAAUUAUUCUCACCCCUGAACGAAUGAGUAUUGGUUUGAGAGCCUUUCUUGUCGUCGCUGACAGUCUACAGCAGAAGGAAGGCGAACCACCGAUGCCACGUACCAUGGGAGUACUACCAAGCGGCAACACGAUGAGAGUUAAAAAGACAUUCCUGAACAAGAUGCUGACCGAAGACACAGCGAGGAGUAUAGGUAUGUCGUCAUAUUUUCCAUACGUACGACGUGUCUUUGUAGACAUUUUACGAGCCUUGGAUGUACAUUACGGAAGACCGCUUAUGAUGACCAGUACUCAGAAUGUUAACAAAGAGCCUGACGAGAUGAUAACUGGCGAAAGAAAGCCCCGGAUUGAUUUGUUUCGAACCUGUGUCGCUGCCGUACCUCGACUUAUUCCCGAUGGUAUGACCGGUGCAGAAUUAGUCGACUUACUCAGCAGACUAACUGUACACAUGGAUGAAGAACUUCGCGGUUUGGCUUAUCAGAGUCUCCAAACUUUGGUACUUGAUUUUUCUGAUUGGCGACAAGACGUCAUUCUUGGAUUUACUCAGUUUCUUGCUAGAGAUGUGCAAGAUACGUUUCCUCAGUUAGUUGACAAUGGGUUGAGGAUGCUGCUGCAACUGCUGACUAGCUGGAAAAAUGCUCUGAUAAGUCCGAGUGUGAGGUCCAAGGAUCAGCAGGCGGAAACAAUGAGAACAUCUACUCGCGGCGAAGUUCAGACUAAGAAAAGUGAAUCUUUGCAGAAAAUUGAAUCUGGCCCCAGUGUCUUUCAUUUGGUCGAAGGUUUCGCUUUGGUCAUGUUGUGCAAUUGCAGACUUUGUCCCCGUCGAUUGGCUGUACAUAUACUACGUGAGGUCAAACUUCUCCUCAAGACCUUAGGUGGAGUUGACGACGAUCAGCCAGUAAUAGAUGUAAUAGAUGCUUGUUGUCCUACGGUAUUAGAAAAAUGUUAUCAUAUGUUACCUCCGGGUGAAAAAGCUGCGGCAACGUCCACCUCAAAUGUGGAUCUACAGUGGAUCGCGGACAGAAGUACAUGCGUAUGGACUGCUGGAUUCCACGAUGAGAAUAGUACAAAAAGCUCUUCAACGUUGAAUCUUAACGGCGCCGAUCCAUGGAGUAGCUGUUUGUUUGCGUUUCUGGAGAGGGAUAGAGUUCUCACUUUGUGUCCUAAUGCAGUAGCGCAUUCCUGGCCGAUUGUGUUCACUAGAAUCAAUUCGCUAUUCACAGUUGUUGAUCCGACACCAGUCAAUGACAAUAGAGCUUCGUUACUGCGAAGUUCAACCGCUGUAAAAAAACCUGUCAAUGAGAGGGAUGUCUACAUGCACGUGUGGAAAAAUUAUCUCACAUUUGGAUACAGGGUUGUACCGCCGAUACCAAGUCCGAUCGUUCGUUGUGCCAGUCCUGACUUGAGCCUGAGUGGUCAACAAACGGUGGAGUUUGGUGUUUUAUGCAUGAGUAAGGAGUUGAGUCAGAGCCUGGAGAACCUCGGCGGGGCGCAGACCCUGCCGGGCCGUUUCUCUGUUUCCUCCAUAUCCGGCAUCUACACGAGGCAUAAGCGGACCAGCUCAUCGCCGGACAGUCUAUCUGCGGAACGAGGCGACAACAAGUCUCCAGGAGCAAACGCCAGUCCAGCAGCGCUCUAUAAACUUACCGUACCCCUGCUUCGAGUCGAAGCAGUGGAUGUCAGAGAUGCGGCUGUUCAUGCUAUAGGAAAAGUCAAUCCCGAUGCUCUCAAGGAUUUGAUGGAGGAACUUGUACCGUACAUUCGCGAGGCUGUUGAUAGAAAACAGGAAAAUAUGAGAAGAAGACGCCGACGAGACGCGUUGCGAUUGCAGCUGGUUCGAGUAUUGGAACUCAUCGCUGAGUACGGGACUUUUGGAAUCUGUCCUUCGGUGCUGGAUCGUGAGACGCAAUCUCUGCAUCCAACAUUUGUGGAAUACAUGGAUGGCGCCCGUGUUUAUUUGGAACUUGAGACAGACAAAGAAGCUCCCGCAGUCAGAGAUAUAAAGCUGCACUUUUGCAACUUUAUCAGGAAAAUGAUCAAGAGCUUUUCACUCGAAACCUGUCACACACUCUUGAAGAGAGAUCUUCGCAGCAAUCUUUUCACAUUGUUUGCAAGUUGGGCCGGACCAUACGGUCGUCCAUUAACCAGUAAUUCGUCGACUCACGAAGAAGAGAAAUUCUGUUCCGAGCUUCAACUUUCAGCCCUGCAAGCAAUGAGCGGUUUACUCUGUUGCGGACCUUGCUUUAAUCCUCAAAGUCUGUCAGAGGAAGGCGCCAUUCUUUAUCAAUGGCUCGAUUUGCUUUUGGCCAGUAAAGAUGAAAAGAUUUACGCGCUGGCACGUGAAACAGUGGUUUUAUUGCUGGAGGGUAAUCCUGAUAUCGGAGCUCUACUAGAUUGGGUCGUAGAUCGAUGUUACACCGGUGCUCCUCAGGUGGCGGACGGCUGUUUUCUCGCUUUGGCCACAAUCUUCAGCGCAAGGGAAUAUCCGUGCGAUCAUUACACCAGCAUAAUAAACGUGACCCUGAUGAACACCGGAUGUCCACGAGCUCCCGUCCACGACGCCGCUCUCCAGCUCCUCCAGCUUCUGGAUCAGCGUUUUUUUGGAAAUGUCGGACCUCUUCCAGCAGCCGACGUCGAAGCCGGACAAGAGGAACUGGCUGUCGGGACAUCGGCGGCUGAAGUUCCCCCAGGACCAGGCAGCCCUGGAGGAGUUUUGACUGUCGGUAGCAGCCGCGUCGGCACCCUGGACGCUCUUUUGUCAGCCUCUUAUUGCCGCAGUCAAAUGUACCUGUCGCGACAGCUGGCCCAAUUGCACCCGAAACUGACCAUGCCCAUGUUCAGCGAAAUUACGCAUAGAUUUCAAACUGCGAGACGGGAAGUGCGCCAGUUACUAUUGCAGUAUCUUCUCCCUUGGCUUCACAACAUGGAAUUGGUCGACCCAAACGUGCCUCCACCUUCCAACCCUCUGAGCUACUAUCAGUACUAUGCAAGUGAUGUCACACGAGGAGGACCUCGUCGAGAAGGAUGGGGUAGCGCCGAGGCAACAGAGAUGGUGCUGAAUAAUUUGUUUUACAUCACUGCCAAGUUUGCAGAUGAACAUCCAAAAGAAACGGAAGAAUUAUGGGCAACUUUGUGUGGUUGCUGGCCCAAUAAUCUCAAAGUCAUCAUUCGAUAUCUGAUAAUAGUGUCAGGCAUGGCACCGCUAGAACUAUUACCAUAUGCAAAACGUGUAGUUCUCUACCUGGCGAGAGCCAGACCUGAUCGUCUUCUCGAUGAAAUGAUGACGGAAUUACAAACAGUUGAGACGUUGAACUGUCUCAUUGAACGUACCGAAACGCCUCCGUUCUACAGGCUUACCAGCAUGAGGAAGGCUUCGUCACACAGCGACGCUCCUGCUGCAGAUCCAGCAAAUCCGUCGAGAGAUUUGGGAGUGGAAAAAGGUACCAUUCACACAAAACGACAUUCCGGAGAAGAUCCCAUCAAGACAGGCGGCUCAAAAUCAGAUACAGCCUUACGAGCACUGGCAGGAUUUCCUACGCCUCGUGUUGAAAAAACUAGAACUUGUAGCGGCCCAGCUGGUUUGCCAGACGAUUUGUCAACACCUACAACUGAAGCCGAGCUCAAUACCGACGAGUCAUGUUACGUACCUCGAAACGUGGUCGGCGGAAAUGGCAAAGUCAAUUGUCCAGGGGAGAAGUUUGACAUUCCUCAACCACAUCCGUUACCGAUGCCAGAGUACGGAGGCUACUUUGCACCGCUUACUGAAUAUCUUCCGGACAGUUCCCAGCCUAUAAGCGGCUUCCACAGGUGCAAUAUUGCAGUGAUGCUGCUCACCGACGUCGUCGUUGACGGAGUUGAAUUGGACUGGGCUAUUCACGUUCCUCUAAUGCUUCAUAUUGUCUUUCUGGGUCUGGAUCAUUCGAGACCGUUAGUCAGAGAUCAUUGUCGAUGUCUUUUGCUCAACCUUCUUGUUGUCUUGGGUGAUCAUCGCGAUCAUUUGGGCGUCGCACGCGUUCUUCUCGCAUCUCGCACAGAACAAUUAGGACUUGGCUUAACAACUCCAGCUCUGCCAGUUCUUGAGCAUAAUUUCACCGAAGUUGAUCCAGAAUUUGACAGUUAUCUAUUCGUUCCACCUCCUCAGGCAGUUUGCACUACAGUUCCUCAAUCAGUUGCGGAAGAUUCCAAGGAACUGAUUGUUCCGGUUUUCGUGGAAACCUCGGCACCUAGUAGCAGUACAUCGUCGAUAGGGUCAACUGGCACAGUGCCUGUUAUUGUUACACCAGAAGAUGGUGCCAACUGGGCAGGACCGCAGCCUGGUCCUAAUAUGUCCAUCCAGGACGUGAUCAAGUCAUUGAUCAACUUUCUGGCAGCCAGGACAAAUCAACCGUUGUGGAAUUAUGAAGAUAUGACUGCGAAAGUAUGGUGGGUAAGGAGUGCUGAACAGCUAACCGUGUUAUUGCGCCACGUAUUACGCGUAUUCAGAGACUCCUUACCGCAUGCUCUUGUCAGUCAGCGAUGGGCUCAAACAGCGCUUCAGCUUGGUCUUUCUUGCUCGUCUCGGCAUUACGCCGGAAGAUCGCUGCAAGUUUUCAGGGCGUUACGAGUUCCUAUUACUUCCAGAAUGCUGUCGGACAUUUUGUCCAGACUAGUGGAGACGGUAGCUGAACAAGGAGAAGAUAUGCAGGGAUACGUCACGGAACUUCUUUUGACUCUUGAAGCAGCCGUCGAUUCACUUGAGUCAGAUUUUAGGCCGUUAGACUUUAUGAAGGAAAUUUUCAAAUCAACGCCAAACUUGAAUAACAAGGAUCCGGUGUCAGGAAUGAUAAUUGGCGGAAAGCGCAGUCCCGGAGGUGGAAAUUUCUAUCCACUUGGACCGUUUUUCUCACAUCUUAAUCAAGGUGGCCAUACACGUAGUACAAGUUAUUCUGUCAGCUACUGUAUGAGGAAACCCAGUGGUAGUCCAGCGACCGAUCCAAAAGAGUUAGAAAAUCGAACCGGUUGCAGUAAGUAUCCGAACACAAACCUGUCCAGAUCAAGAUCAGCGCAAUCCUUGAAGUUGUUAGGCGAUUCAGCGACGCAGGAUGACAAGAUGACCAUAUUAGCUCAGCUGUUCUGGCUCUCCGUAUCACUCUUGGAGUCUGAUUACGAGCACGAGUUUCUACUGGCCUUGAGACUUUUGAGCAGAGUACUGCAUCGGCUUCCGCUAGAUCGUCCAGACGCCAGAGAUAAAGUGGAAAAAUUACAACAACAAUUGAGGUGGAAUUCUUUUCCGGGCGUACAUGCUUUAUUACUUAAAGGAUGCACCAGCCCUAACACCUACGAACCAGUUGUCACAUUACUGUCACAAUUUACUCCACUGUUGGAUCUUCCUGUAGUUGAUCCAACGCAGAGCUUAGCCUUCCCCAUGAACGUAGUGUCGCUCUUACCUUACAUGCUUCUUAAUUACGAAGACGCCAAUGAACUGUGCAUCAGAAGCGCCAAAAAUAUUGCCCAAGUCAGUUCAGAGAAGGGUAAGAAAUUGGAAAAUCUUGGAACCGUGAUGACGCUGUACAGUCGUCGAACUUUUAGCAAGGAAAGCUUUCAGUGGACAAAAUGUGUUGUUAAAUAUUUGUACGAUACUUAUGCUCACCUCAGUUUUAACAUGCUCGCAUUUCUGAUUGAAGUCCUUGAGAAGGGACCGGCGAGUGUAGCGUUACCAGUUCUUAGCAUUAUUCAUUGCAUGCUCCAUUACGUCGAUCUCGCUUCCCAAGCUGCUCAGCCUAUCAACACGGAGUUACUGAGGGUCAUUUCUAAAUAUGUUGAGGGCACGCACUGGAAGGAAGCUCUGAAAAUAUUGAAACUGGUCGUAACAAGAUCGUCGACACUAGUCGCUCCACCGAUAUCGCUUCAUGGUUCCGCAUGGGAUUCAUCUCUGGCAUCGCCCCACCCAAGUUUCACAGACACAGAGAUAUUUACGAAAAAAGAAUUACCUGGAAGAACUAUGGAUUUCACAUUUGAUCUAUCGCAGACACCAGUAAUUGGUAGAUGCUGGCUCAUAAGACAGAUCCUAGAUGACAAAUUGGUAGCAUCGCCACGACGUUCGCUCUCACUUUCGCCAGCCGAUAGUAGCGCCAUUGCUGGUUGGAAGCGGCCAUGGAUGUCACAAGGACGUGUCAGAGAAUGCUUGGUGAACUUGUUGACGACUUGCGGACAACGCGUUGGACUGCCCAAGAGUCCGUCGGUAAUAUUCAGUCAAAGUUCGGAUCUAAUGGAGAGGCAAUCUUCGAUGGCAUCUUCAACGGAGGAAGUUUCAGGAGCAAACAAUGACUUGAGCGGUGGAUCUCGGCGUGAUGACGAGCAGUUUGGUGUCUUUAAAGACUUUGAUUUCCUUGAAUAUGAAAGUGAAAGUGUGGAGGGCGAGAGUACAGACAACUUCAAUUGGGGUGUGAGAAGAAGACCUCUGAGCGAAGGAGAAGAAAGAGAGCCAAGUUUGCGCCAACUUGAAGAAAGUCUUAGCGAGAAAACUCCAUCUUCUAGCAAGCAUACUACGAGACGAGGAGUGACAGAAGAGUCAUCGGAUGAUGAGGUGGGAUCAGAAUCUCCCUUGGACGAAGUACCUGGCGGGCCUGGAACAGGACAAGAAGCAGCUUCCAUUCCUGGCAUGUUCCCACCUUCUUCACUUUCCUUGAUCCAAAGCCGUACCAGACACGAUUCCUCAACAAGAUCGGACACAUCAGGGUCAAGUGCAGGGGAUUUGGGUGAUGUAACACCCUGUAACGCUUCGCCAAAUCUGUCUUCACUGAUGCCGUUCAGACAAGUUGUCAGAGAUGACGCCGAAGAAAUGUGGAGGCAACAAAUUCAAAGUCUCGUCACUCAAGCUCCCUACAAUACUUUAGAUUUCUUCCAGCUGUUGGGCAGAAUUUUACGAGAUGUAAGCAGCAAGGCAGUCGGUCUGACUCGCGAGGCGAUCGCUUUACUCAAUAAUAGUACCUCAGCAUCGGCGCAGCUUGGAGCUCAUUUGUCUAGUCACGCGGAGUUGCUCAGCUCCAAAGCUGAACCUCCUUUAGUUUGGUUUUCGACCAGUAUUUUUGCUAACCAAAGACUGAGCGAAUCACUGCGAUUUGGAAUGUUGGAGAUUCAGGAACACUUGGAAACAUUUCUCGAUAGAAAAGAUCAUGCAACCGAGUUCCUAGAGGCUGUGAAAGCAACGAGCAAGCUUCAUAUCCUUGGUGAAAGUCAUGCAGGCGAAACAGGACUCGAAGAGAUGCUACUGGAUUUAGGAAGAGCUCUUUACAAACUCCACUUUCAGUUUCUACUUCUGAUAGAGGCGUCAAAUAAAAUGCUCAGUGCUCUGACGACGGCUGUCAAUAACGUUUCAAUUCAGCUGCAAGACAUGUCGCUGGAAGUGGCUUCAAUGAAAUUGGCACUUAGCAGGGCCCUCGAAGAAAGCACCGAAAGUGAGCGAGGCACACCGACGCCUACGCCAAGUCCAAGCCCAUUGCCCGGCAGUGCUUCGGCAGAAGAAGCUGCAAAAGUAGCUGAUCUGCUUAAAUCAGCUCGAUGGUCCGCUGCUCUUGAGGCUGUCAGACUUCACAGAGUUCAGUGGCCCAUGGAUCCAUUUCACGAUGACGAUGAUGUGACUACUGCAGUCAAUAUGUACUGCAGAAAUAUGGGUCAAGAAAGAGCUGACGUAUUUGUUAUUACACGGAAUGAGAAGGAGUUGGCAGAUGUAUUUAGCAAACUUAUGGAAAGUUUGUUUCAAGUUUUAGCUGCUGUCACGGGUCUUGAGGCGUCGGCUAAAGUGUCUAGAGCACAGACUGAGCACUCUAAUCCACAAAACUGACUGCUAGUUAGCUAUAUUACUAUAAUUUAACAUUCUAUUUUAAUAGGUAAAUGUCAAUUGUAAUUUACAUUCAAAUAUUAUCACCUCAUAUAUGUCAGUCGUUUGCGUCUCUCUAGCUAUCGUGAAUAAAAUUACUCCACCCAGAUUGGGAUCGGGUUUUAACGUAUCAUCUGUAAAUGUCGGCGGCAAUAGAAAUCAGCUAAAAAUUAAUCGACUAAUUCUCAAAAAUGCCUUACAUUGGGUUCAGUAAAUCUUUUUUUUUUUGAACUCAGAGAUAAUUUCGUUACUCUGGUAUAAUAAACACAACUCGCGACAAAUUUCAAGCUUAUUGAGAACAAAUAUAAUACACGAAACAACUGAACUAAAUUGACAAGCUUACACAACAUUUAGAUGUAAAAAAGUUAAACUGAAUAUGAUAGUUAUAUACAUAUCGUGAAUGUAACAAGAAACAGGACGAAUAAUCGAUGAAACUUUGAUAAAUGCGUGGACGUGUAUGAUGAAAGUGAAUUAAUUAUAGGUGUUCAAUAAGUUUCACUGUCAGUAUGUCUACGGAGACAGCACAAACGGUACACUUCAUCACCGUCUUGUGAUAGAAAUAUUGAAUUAAAAAAAUAUUGAAUUGUUUAGAAACGUCAUGUUGAAUUGCCGGUAAGUGCAUCGAAGUUAACAACAUCUCCGGAGGGUAAUUGGCCAACCUGUGGAACAAUUAACAUGAAAAAUGGACAAGAAAAUAUAGAGAUGCUCAUGAAUAAAUGGAAAUCUGUACCGGUA